ACAGAGUGGUGAGUUCCUAAGUUUACGCAGCAAGGGAUUGCAUAUAUUUCUCCAAAACUACACAAACGGCUACUAUUGAAUUGUAGUUAAAGACAACUGGGCAAUUGCCAAGGAUUUCGUCGUUAACAAGGAUGGGCUCUGUCUUUCAGUACAUUGCCGAUGAAAAACCUUGAGAACAUCCCGCGGAAGAACGUAUCUUAUGGCACGAAGAUCCACCUUAAACCUCUGAUGUCAACGUUGAUGUGACAGACCCUCCGACGUAGCAGCGCUCUCGAGACCUGAAUAGAAGUGUGCCGUUAUUUGAAAUGUUCGUCAACGAGCAAGUCUCCCCUCACUUUCCGCUCAUUUGCCUUCCUCAUUCGAGAUUAUUUCAGUCGUGCAAGCAGUUAUUUUCCAUGGCACUUCGAGGUUUUUCAAGGGAGAAAUACUCCGUCUGAGAAGAACAAGCUACGGGGCGGCCCUCGUGGCCGGGAUGCCACUGUGUGCCCUGCCAGUCGACGGUGGAGCCUGAGGGGCAGGAGCUGGGCACAGAGAGCCGGGGGCAGGGCGGCCAGAGCGGGCACAAGCACAAGCCUUGCCCCGACGCAGACAUGAACCUGUGCUGGAACGAGAUCAAGCGCAAGUCCCACAACAUCAGGGCUCGGCUGGAGGCGUUCUCAGACAACAGCGGGAAGCUGCAGCUCUCCCUGCAGGAGAUCAUCGAAUGGCUGACCGCCAAAGACGAGGAACUAUCGGAGCAGCUUCCCAUAGGGGGCGACGUGGUGGCCGUGCAGCACCAGAGGGAGUUCCACCAGACGUUUAUGGAGGAUGUGAAGUGCCGAGGGCCAUUUAUCUACUCGGUGCUGGAAUCGGCCCAGGCCUUCCUGGCCCAGCACCCCUUCCAGGAGCCCGAGGAGUCACUGCCUGAUGGCAAAGAGCUGUCUCCACGCCGGCGCAUGCUGAACGUGAGCCGCUCGGUGUGGAAGCAGGCGAACGUGGCGAGCGACCUGUGGGAGAAGCUGACGGCGCGCUGCGUGGACCGCCACCGGCACAUGGAGCGCACGCUGGAGCGGCUGCUGCAGACGCAGGCCGCCAUGGAGGAGCUGGCCGCCGCGCUGGAGCAGGCGGAGGGCGUGCGCGACGCCUGGGAGCCCGUGGGCGACCUCUUCAUCGACUCGCUGCAGGACCACAUCGACGCCACCAAGCUGUUCAAAGAGGAGCUCUCACAGGUGAAGGAGGGGAUGAAGCAACUGAAUGACCUGGCACACCAGCUGGCCAUCUCUGACGUGCAUCUGUCCAUGGAGAAUGCCCGCGCUCUCGAGCACCUCAACAACCGCUGGAAGGUCCUGCAGGGCUCCAUUGAGGAGCGUCUCAAGCAGCUCCAGGAUGCCCAUCGAGACUUUGGCCCUGGGUCACAACACUUCCUCUCUAGCUCGGUGCAGAUUCCAUGGGAGAGGGCCAUAUCCCCCAACAAAGUGCCCUACUACAUCAACCAUCAGGCCCAAACUACCUGCUGGGAUCAUCCAAAGAUGACAGACCUGUACCAGGCGCUGGCGGAUCUGAACAACAUCAAGUUCUCGGCGUACCGGACGGCCAUGAAACUCCGGCGCGUGCAGAAGGCCCUGCGACUGGACUUGCUGACCCUGGCAAGUGUGGUGGAGGUCUUCCGGGAACAGGAUCUGCAGGCGGUUGAGCGCGUGAUGGACGUGGUGGAGCUGAUCCACGCACUCACUGCCCUCUACGAGCGCCUGGAGGAGGAGCGCUCCGUGCUCAUCAAUAUCCCCCUCUGCGUCGACAUGUGCCUCAACUGGCUGCUCAACGUCUAUGACAGCGGUCGCAAUGGAAAGAUGCGGGUCCUCUCUUUCAAGACAGGCCUGGUGAGCCUGUGCAAAGCCGAUCUCCAGGAGAAAUACAAAUAUCUGUUCCGGCAGGUGUGUGGUCAGGGCAACCUGGUGGACCAGCGGCACCUGAGUCUGCUGCUGCACGAGGCCAUCCAGAUCCCACGGCAGCUGGGCGAGGUGGCCGCCUUCGGAGGCAGCAAUGUGGAGCCCAGUGUCCGCAGCUGCUUCCGCAUGGCUCCGGGGAAGCCGGCCAUCGAGGCAUCCCACUUCCUGGAGUGGAUGAGCCUGGAGCCCCAGUCUCUGGUGUGGCUGCCGGUCCUGGACCGCGUCGCCGUGGCCGAGUCGGCCAAGCACCAGGCCAAGUGCUACAUCUGCAAACAGUGCCCCAUCAAAGGCUUCAGGUACCGCAGCCUCAAACAGUUCAACGUGGACAUCUGCCAGACGUGCUUCCUCACCGGGCGCACCACCAAAGGGAAGAAGCUGCACUACCCCAUCAUGGAGUACUACACCCCCACCACCUCCGGGGAGAGGAUGAGGGACUUUGCCAAGACGCUGAAAAACAAGUUCCGCUCGAAGCAGUACUUCAGCAAGCAUCCGCAGCGAGGCUACCUGCCUGUCCAGUCCGUCCUGGAGGCCGAAAGCACCGAGACGCCCUGCUCCUCACCCAAGCUACCCCAUGCAGAUACACACAGCCGGAUUGAGCAUUUUGCCAGCAGGUUGGCAGAGAUGGAAAAUCAGAACUGCUCCUUCUUCACUGACAGCCUCUCACCAGAUGAAAGCCUGGAUGAAGAUCAGUACCUCCUACGUCACUCCAGCCCCGCCCUGGAGCAGGACUCCCCCCUGGGAGCGCACCUGCUGGUGGACAUCAACUGCCAGGACAAGGACGAGCUGCAGCGCACGCUGGCGCGCCUGGAGAACGAGAACCGCAUCCUGCAGGGGGAGUACCGGCGGCUGAAGUGGCGGCACGAGGAGGCGGCGGCAUCGCCCCAGCUGACGGACGGCGACGGGGCCCUGGGCUCGCCGGCGGACCCGCAGGACGAGGAGCUGCUGGCCGAGGCGCGUGUCCUGCGCCAACACAAGACCCGGCUGGAAACUCGCAUGCAGAUCCUGGAGGACCACAACAAGCAGCUGGAAUCGCAGCUGCAUCGGCUCCGAGAACUACUGCUGCAGCCCAAAGAUGAUUCGGAGGCCAAUGGGUCAGAGCCCUCGUCCCUCUCCUCCCCGGUGUCUGGAGGUGCCCACCAGGGGGAGCUACGGAGCAGAGAGACCACAGACACGGAGGCAGCAGGCGACGACAUUGACCAAGAACAUGACACGGUCCUCCAGCUCCAGGAGGUGAUCGAGCAGCUGAGGAACGUCUUUCCCUUAGAACCAGGUGAGUGGAGAACCAGAGGUAGAACCAGGAUGUGAAACGUUGCACUUUAAUUCAUUCCACUUACAGUGGUUGGAUUUUCAUCUGCAUUUCUGUCUCCUAAAAACACGGCUUUAUGAGUUCCUGUAAAUGCAGAAAAAAGGUCAAAAGGAUUGUGUUCAGCCUGUUUGUUAUUCAGAUUAUUUUUUUUUCAGAUUUUUUUUUCUUCUUCCCGUUUCAUUUUUUCCUGCUCUUCUUCCCUCUAGAUGGCACCUUGCCCAUUUAGCGGUGGAUGAAUGGGUGCCGGAGUCCAAAGGGGUCAACGAGGGCACACUGAUGGGGACAGCGGCGACGCUGGCCUUUUCUCCUUCGCUCACGUCGCUCUGCCACAGAGCCAGCGGAGCGCAACGAUAACCUCCAUCUAUCCCUCCAUCCCCCCUCUCCCUCCCUUCCCCUCAGCCUGCACACACACUCACACACACACACACACACACACACUCACACACUCACUCACUCACUCAUUCACUCACUCGUGUGCACAUACCCACACACACACACCUCUCACACAACCCAACGGUGCCAAAGGCUAACGUUUGUCCAGACACUGUGCUUAACCAGCUGUGUGUAGUGGUCCGGUGCGCGAGAGGCUCUGUAGGUUUAACCGUGACAGCACAAGAACCUUCUAGCCAAACGGACUGGCACGCCACACUUCACAAAGCAAAGAUCUCUCCUUUUUUGUAUUCUACUCUUCUCAUCCUUUUCGCCCACAUUGUGCGCAUCUUAGUGCCACAAACUACAGAGCCUGUAUCACUAUCUUUGUGUGUGUGUGUGUGUGUGUGUGUGUGUGUGUGUGUGUGUGUGUGUGUGUGUGUGUGUGUGUGUGUGUUACUACCUCAGACAAACCCAGCCAUUUUUUUGAGUUUGGUUCAGGAGGUAGGUCUCAUUUGUCACGCAUGAGGGGGGUAGGUGGAGAGGGGGGAGGGCAGUUUUCCAUGCCUCUACUCCCCUUCGCUCUGAGCUGAACAGCUUGGAGGAAGCAGAGCAGAUUUCUAGGGAGUCAGCAGGGCACAACAGGCAUAUUUACUCUGUAGGUCUGACACGUCAUUUGAACAUUAAAGAGAGAGAGAGAGAGAGAGAAAACAAACACACACACACACACACACACACAGAGACAGUUUAUCUUACUUCUGCCAGAGUGCCUGGGAGCGCUGCUCAAUCUUCAUUUUUGAUUUUAUUUCGUUUUAUUUUAUUUGAUUUAUUUAUUUAGGUGCAAACCCCCAACUGAGGCUACUCCAGAAUUGGGUAUAUCUCCCUUGUUUCCCACUCACUUUUUUAUAACCAUUCUCUUUGGCUCUGCAUCUCUCCCCCACACAGCGGAUAAAUAUCCCACGCACUGUGACACACACACACACACACACAUACACACACACACAUACACUCACAGAUUCGGACGAGGUGCUACAGCACAGAAUGCCCUGCUAUGAUUGGCUCCAGUGUACUCUAUCAGUGUGCAUUUUGUAGAGGUGGGGUGUUGACCCCGUGCCCUUGUCUCCCAUGCCGAAAAAUUACCCUGGGAGAAUAGGGCUGGUUGAAUGGGCUUCUCUCUUACCUUAAGAUAGGCCUGGUAACAGAUAACACUCUUCCCACAGACAGAGCACAGCAUUAUAUGCCUUAAUUCUUGAAGGAUCCUACGGACCAAACGUACACGUAUAGCGAGUGGCGGUUAAGCGGUCAACCGAGUUCUUUUUUUUAUAGUGGUAGGCCAGUGGGAGUCAUCUUUCCCCCUUCUCCAUAUCAUCCACUGGACUGACAAAAUCCUGGGUUCUAAGCCCACCUUAGAAGAACCCAGCGUUCCUCUUUUUGUUCUCUCUUAACAGUCGGAGUUUAAAAAGUCACACACGGGUGUGGUGUUGGAGAGAUUGUUAAUUUAGUGUUAAAGUAGUGGAGGAGCUUUGGAGCAUCUCUCUCUGAGCAGCACACGCACGCACGCACGCACGCACGCACAGACACACACACACACACGGAUGGCCUUGGUGAAGGAAGAAUGGAUGGCCUUGGUUAAGGAACAGCAUAGAAGGCCCACAUCUGUGUGUGGCAGGAGGAUGCAAGAGAAGUGAAGAGAAUAGAAAGCAAUGUGUGCUUGUAUGUGGGUGCGUCUGUGUGCAUGAGAAGGAGGGGGGGGAUCAAGAGUGAAAAAACAAUACUGGCCUUCUAUGUAAAUUCACCAGCGCAAUUGCCUUUGCCAGAAUGUAGGCGUGAGAUUAGCGGAUGCAAGAGAAAGGACGUUUCCUGUUUAUUUGCAUAAAAAACACUGUUAUUUUCAGUCACACAGAAGCAGAGAUGCUAUUCUGUGAAAAUAUUUAUAUAACACUAUGACCCUGCUGCCGAGCAAAGAUUUGAUUUUUAAUCCCGUUUGCCAUUCGAGAAUUUUCCCUCCAGCCGUAGCGCUCACAUUUUGACAUCUCUUGUAACGCGCUGCCUGUUUGUUUUCAUGCGGUUGCUAGGGAACUGUCCCCAAGGACACGGCGCCGUGAGUUGCGCACAGAAAAGGUGGGUUGUCAUUCAGCAUGAGGGAGAUGCAAAGCAAACAACCAGACGCAGUAAGGACUUUUCCUCUGCAACCACAGGAUGUCCGCACCGCAUCCUCAGACGCUCGAGUCAUUAUGAGCAACAUCUGUUCCGUUCUCUCGGGACACCCACACUACCUGUAACCAUCAAGAGGAAGAAGAAAGACUGAACACCAUGUAGAAAAGAACAUUCACUGUUAUUCCUUUAGUGACCAUUGUUUUAGUCCUGACCCUAUUACUUCCCACCUGUUUGUGGCAUUGGAUACAUCUGUUUUCUACAUAAGCCCUGCAUCAGAGCUGUAGCCUUGGCCUAUAAAAAUAACUAAAUAUCCCACAUGAUGUGAUCCAUGUCACUGCACAUAUUGAAUAGCAUAUAGGGCCCUAUUACCUGGACUAGGUGACCACUGUAUGUAGCCAAGCCUCAAGCCGUUAGCUGUGGACCUCACAUAUUCCCUUCUCCAUGCACUUUGUCGUGGGAUCACAAAAUGGUAGCCAUUGUCUUCUGUAGCAUUGUCGAAGAGCAGAAUGAGGGAACGCGUCGCAUUGCCAAAGGGGGACGUCUCCAACCUAUAUUUAGCAGGUCAGCCCUCGGUAACAAACACUCAUUAUUUUUUUCUGUGAGCGGCAGACCUACGUGUCCUGACCCCACACACACACAGGCCCGGUUAACGAGGCUUGUUUGGUGAAGCUAACCCAAGGGGGCAAUGUGAAUCACUUAACCUCAUGUUAAAACUACCGUCAUCAUUACUGUCUAACUGUCCACUGACGUCCCACUGCCCCCCGAACAUUCCACUGAACCUCCCUACCCAUUUUGACCUUUGACAACUACAUUCCCCCCCAGCCUGGUUGAUGUUCAUUUAAUGAAUUUAUCCAUUUGUAAUGUCUGUUUUUCAUUUAUUACAUACUACAUAUAGUACGGUACAAAUAAUUCGUUUUUCCUUUUUCUAUUUUUUAAUUUGUACAAAAAAAUGUGUGUGACUCUAAGGCUUUUUAAAAACGAAUGGGUUACUGGCUGCUUUCUACUCAUUGUGUACAGAGAAAUAAAUACAUUUUUAUUUGUUAUACACAAA